CUUCCUUUUUGAUCAUCUCGCAACAACCAGCAUCGCACGUCCGGAAGUAGAUUUAAAAUUAGUCCUCGCUAACCACAGUCCUCUCGGCUCCCCAUAUAAUUCCAACCCCGCCCGUCCUUCUCAUCAGAAUCCAGAGUCCACACGCGAGAACUCACACCGACGGACAUGGGGAACUGCCAGGCAGCGGACGCGGCGGCCGUGGUGAUCCAGCACCCGGGCGACGGCAAGGUGGAGCGCCUCCACUGGCCGGCCACCGCGGCGGACGUCAUGCGCAGGAACCCCGGCCACUACGUCGCCCUCGUCGUCCUGCAUCACGUCGACUCCGAGCCCGGCCCCGCCGUCGCCGGAGAACGUGGAGGUGCCAGGAUAACCAAGAUCAAGCUCCUCAAGCCGAAGGACACGCUCCUCCUCGGCCAGGUCUACCGUCUCAUCACCUCCCAAGAGGUGACCAAGGCCGUGCAGACGAGGAAGCAGGAGAGGAUGCGCGGCUGCGACGAGGCCAUCGAGCAGCAGCGGCCGCGGCUUCACCGGCGGCGGCACCUGCCGAGGCUGACGGGCGACGACGCGGCCACGGCCGCCAGCGGAGAACAGAGGCAGCCUGCCGACCAUCAGGAACGGAAGCGGCUGGAGAAGGACCGGCACCACCGGAGCAUCACCGCCGCCCCCGGCAGAGGCAGAGGCAGAGGCGGGCACUGGCGGCCGGCGCUGCAGAGCAUCACAGAGUCGUCGUCGAGCGGACACACUGACUGCGAGGAUACACGUAAAUGAACUACGUAGAAAAGUAGAACAAGGUAUUGGGCGAUGUACAUUAGGCGAUCUGAAUGUAUCCCAUCGGCUUCUGUCCCGCUUGAAUCCGUUUUGGUGAUACAGUAGCAUGCAUUGCCCCUUCUUAUUUUUUUCUUCUGAAGAUUACCCGUUCGUGUC